AUGAGAUUUCUCAGCUACGUGCUGGUAUCCAUCACGACACUAUGUCUGUACAACCUGUGGCAGAAGAUGAAGUACGAAAGAUUCAGUAUGAGAUUAACUGCGAAGAAGCUCAUAAUUAUGGGACUGCUGAUUAUUGGAUUAGGCACCUUCUUUGAUUUCGAUGCCAAUCGGGCUGAGAGGAUGUUGGAUGAUGGUGACGAGCAAUUGGGCGAAUACUACGGCUCGAUGCGAAGCAAAUACAUCAAAUUCAUGGGCUUCGACUACGAUCACGUGAAAUUUGACGAGAUCGGCAAGGAUCUCAAAGCUGAUCCGGCUCCCAAGGAAAAAUCUGUUGAGCAGAAAAAAGUCGAGUUGAAAGAAGACAUCAAGGAUGACGCCCCUAGAGAAGUAAAGGAACUCGUUCCUGAGGAAGAAGAAAUUGAGGAAAAUGUUAAACAAGAUGCUGCAGAACUUGCUGCUGUUGCUGAAAGCAUGAAUAAGGAACCUCAAGCUGCGGGAGACAGAGCGAAUCAUGCGGAUUUGAUGAUUUCGGCGAAGAAUCAGCCGGAUAUACCGAAGGACGACCCGAGAUUGCCCAAGUUUAUUGUUGUUGGCGUGAUGAAAUGUGGAACAGGAGCGACACAGCACUUCCUGCACAACCACCCCGACCUGCAACAAGCCAAACAAGAAACAUAUUUCUUCAACAACGACCACAAAUAUCUCGAGCUCGGCUACGACUGGUACCUCAACCUCUACCGCUUCCCAACUCACGACGGCCAGAUGAACUACGAAAAGACUCCGACUUACUACAAAAGCGUCCGCGCUCAGCCUCGAAUCAAAGCAAUGAACGAAACCGUCAAACUUGUCAACAUCGUUUGCGAUAACGUCCGAAGAACUCUUUCUCGAUUUUUGCACUUGCAACACGGUGUUGGAAUUGAAAAGUUCAAGGAAGACAAGCUUGAUGGUUUUGGUCACACUCUUGAUGAAUUCAACAGAAAUCUGAAGAUCACUCUCAAAAAAUUCGGCGAUUUCUUGGAAGAUGUCAAGCAAAAUGAAGGUCAUGGAACAAUGGAAGGUCUUGUGAAUGCUCUUCUUGUCCGAUUCAAGCGACGAAUGCGACCAUUCGGAAUCCACGCUACUAAGGAUCCAAUCGAAUUGAUUCUUUCUGACGGAUUCUACGCCGUUUUCCACCAGCGAUGGAUGGAAGUCUUUCCCAAAGAACAAAUGCUUGUGCUUGAUGGAUCGAAAUACUUGACUGAGCCGUGGAUACCACUCAAGGCAAUUCAACAGUACAUCGGAGUUCAAGAAUACAUCACAAAAGACAACUUCAUGGUCAAUCCUGGAGGACUUCCCUGCUUCAUCGAGCCUGGAAAAUCAAAAGAGCAAGUGGACUGUCUGGGAUCUGGAAAAGGAAGAACGCUGGACAAGCGAUUUCAUAAAGAGGUCACGCUUGGACUUCACAAGCUCUUCCAACCUUUCGACGACUACUUCGCUAAAAAAGUCCUCGGUCGACCCAGUUUCGGAUGGGACUUUGGCCUGGACUCGUUAUAA